GGCAAAAUGGCGACUGUGGGGUACGAUGCGUCUGCGGAUCCGGAGAUGGAGUUGCUCAGCGAUGAGGAGCUGGAAAGCCUAAUCUGAUCAACAGUUUAGCAGAGAGUCUCCACUGUAGCAGGGAUUCUCCUCAUUCAGUUGCUGGAGUGAUGUUGGAAUGCAGACUAGAGCACUCAGUCCAGAAGCACAUGAUCUAGGAAGCUGAAGGAUACAAAGAGCAGGGCAAUGCUCAUUACAUAAAGAAGGACUACACAGAAGCAUUCAGCUACUACUCCAAGGCCAUUGACAUGUGCCCAAAGAAUGCCAGUUAUUACGGCAACCGCGCAGCCACCCUGAUGAUGCUGAGUCGCUACAGGGAGGCACUGGAGGAUUCCCAGCAGGCCGUGCGCCUGGAUGACGCCUUCAUGAAGGGUCACUUACGGGAGGGCAAAUGCCACCUGUUGCUUGGCAACGCUAUGGCUGCCAGCCGCUGUUUCCAGAAGGUUCUGGAGCUGGAACCCGACAACAGCCAGGCUCAGCAAGAGAUGAAGAAUGCAGAAUCUAUUCUGGAGUAUGAGCGAAUGGCUGAGAUCGGCUUUGACAAACGGGACUUCAGAAUGGUGGUGUUCUGUAUGGAUCGGGCACUGGAGUCGGCAUCUGCGUGCCACAGGUUUAAGGUGCUGAAAGCAGAGUGCCUGGCAUUACUUGGCCGCUACACAGAAGCCCAGUCCGUUGCCAGUGAUAUCUUGCGCAUGGACUCCACGAACGGCGACGCGCUGUAUGUGAGGGGCUUAUGUCUGUAUUAUGAGGACUGCAUCGACAAGGCUGUGCAGUUUUUCGUUCAGGCACUGCGCAUGGCACCCGAUCAUGAGAAGGCCCGCCUGGCCUGUAGAAAUGCCAAAGCACUGAAGGCUAAGAAGGAGGAGGGGAACCAGGCGUUUAAAGAAGGCGGUUUUGAAGAGGCCUAUGAGCUCUACUCUGACGCUCUGACCAUUGAUCCCAACAACAUCAAAACCAACGCCAAGCUCUAUUGCAACCGAGCCACAGUCGGCUCCAAGUUGAAGAAACUAGAGCAGGCCAUAGAGGACUGUACAAAGGCCAUUAAACUGGAUGAGUCCUACAUCAAAGCAUACUUAAGGAGAGCCCAGUGUUUCAUGGACACAGAGCAGUAUGAGGAAGCUGUGCGGGACUAUGAGAAGGUGUACCAGACAGAGAAAACUAAAGAACACAAGCACCUGCUAAAGGCAGCACAACUGGAGCUGAAGAAGAGCAAAAGGAAAGAUUAUUAUAAAGUUUUAGGGGUGGAAAAAAAUGCCACUGAAGAUGACAUCAAGAAGGCUUAUCGCAAACGAGCCCUGAUGCACCAUCCAGACCGGCACAGUGGAGCAAGUGCAGAGGUGCAGAAGGAGGAGGAGAAGAAGUUUAAGGAAGUGGGUGAGGCCUUCACUGUGCUCUCUGACCCCAAGAAGAAAUCACGUUAUGACGGCGGCCAUGACCUGGAGGAUGACGACAUGAACAUGGAUUUUGAUGCCAACAACAUCUUCAAAGCGUUCUUUGGUGGACCAGGUGGAUUUAGUUUUGAAGCUUCUGGACCUGGAAACUUCUUCUUCCAGUUUGGCUAACUGGACCUUCUCCAGCAUGUAUGCAGUAGACCCACACAAACUUAAGACUGCCCUGCCCCUGUCCCACCCCCUACUGCAGUAUGAUGGACCACUAACCUUCACUUGGACCCUGAGCCCAUGCAGUUGACUUGAUCUGGUACUAUGGCCAGUAUGUGAUCAUUCAAAGCACACUGCACAGCGCUCUGGUCCCCUUUUCUUUUUUUUAAAGUCCUAACCCCCCCCUGCCAAUUCAUAUGGAGCUUUAGUCUGCUUAAUUAUGUAUAAAUAAUUAAUUUAAAUGAAAGAAUGGUCCUAGUUAAAUAAUUACCACCAUAAAACGGUGACCUUUUUUGUUUUGUUUUGUUUUUUUUAUGGUGUGGUCAUUGAACCAACAUUUUUCAAGACUUUGUUCAGAUGUGGUGUACAUUUAAGUAAGGUGCUACAGUCCACAUCCACCUCUGUCAGGGACUCUUACUCUGUUCAGUACAUCAGUGCAGGAUUCACACAGGACUCUCCCCUCAGUCUGGCUUCUGAAACUCGACACUUGUCAGCAGGAUAAAUUUAACAGAAUUACUUAUCUCCCAAUGUUCAAAUGUAAUAACAGUUUGCAGAUUAAGUGAAGUUAUUUUUCACCUUUUUCUAAACUGCCCCCAUGCUCCCAAGGUAUAGAUGUGACUACACACGCCUUUCCAACGCCAAAUUAUACCACUGAUGUGAAUACACGCUCCUUCCCUCGGGCAAAUUAUAUCAUAGAAAUUAGUCCCAUUUGUUCUUCCGCUGGCUGGGGUUAAACUCGUACUACUGCAUACAGAAGCACGGCGAACGGGUGUUCGAGCGCCCCCUCGUGGUUUUCUCCCUCUGCAGGGUUCAUAUUUCAAUGUUGCCAUGUACCCGUUGCUGCAUUGUACAUUUUACUGGAAUGUAAAGUGUUUCUUUGUGUUGAUGAUCAAUGACUUUUUAGUUUUUGUUUUGUUUUUUAACUAUGAAAUAGUCACUUUUUAAAAUAUCAAUAUUUAUUGUAAUUUCACAAGCCAGAUGUGAGCCAGUGAGGAGUGCUGUGGUGAAGGUUUGGCCGUACCCCGUGCUUGUGUUCAGGGGAGCGGCGCUGAUCCAACCUGAUGACGGUUAUCUGGAGCAACUAGCUCGAGGCACAAUACCGAGUAAAGGACAUUCUGGGACGUUUUUGUAAAGUGAAAUUACGGAAAUUGGCUGCCUGCACAAAUGUCUGUCCUGCAUGCCACCAUAAUCAGUCGUUGUUCGGCUACAACCUGAAUUCCACUUCAGUUUAAUCUUAUCGCAUAAGAUCUUAUGGCGCAGUCCAUGAACCUCCACAUUUGUCUGGCUCAUGUUAACCGUCUUCGUUAUGGACCGUUUUCAAAUAGCCAUGUAAAUAAAGUUAGCUGUUUUCUCUUUCUCCCCUUCA